CAUAAUGAAAAAAAUUGUAAUCUCAUUUUUAAACCAAAUAUUCAGAAACAUUGUGGUUCUGCGGCAUCUGUCCAGUCGAAAUAUAGUACGACUGAAAGGAUACUCUGCUCUACAAAAGCCAGUAUUGCAGGUGUUACAAUAUAUGUCUUAUUCGCUGCUGCAUUAUAAGGGUAAAUAAAUAUCAACAAAACAAAGAAUAAUCAUGUGUCUCCAUGUGGCAAACGGAAUGGCUUAUUUACAUCAGGAAACAUGUAUGAUCUGUCCGGAUUUGGUUGCAAGAAACUGUUUGGUAACUGAAGGUGAUUUUGUCAAAAUCUGUGGAUUCUCGAUGGCGGAAAAGGAAGGGAUAUAUUCUCCCGAUAGGUCAAAUGGGCAACCCCAGAAGUACACAAACACUACUCAUUUCGGAAAUUACGUAAUGCUGAUUGAUGGCUGGAGUUUUGGAAUCCUAAUGUGGGAGAUAUUUUCAUCUAGAAUGGUGCCUUACCCAGGGAUGAAUAACAAUGAGAGUUGUGAUAAAGUUAAAGAAGGCUACAGAAUGGAAGUGCCGACAAAUACACCAAAACCUUACUGCAAUAUAAUGAUGAAUUGCUGGGAUGAUCAGCCUGCAUACCGGAGCCACUUUGAAGAUCUCGUCAAGAAACUGCAACAGAUACUUUAUGAGUAAAUCAGCAAAGUUGUCAGUAUCGUCCACUGCUUCUUAAUUUUGCUUGCUGAAACACUCACUUUUGCAUUGCAGUGAUAUCAUUUACUGGUUACAUGUAUAUCUUUUCUCUGCAUUGAAAUUGUGAAAUCUAUUAAUUGGAUGUGGAAUUUUUUGGUUGUUUUACAUUUUUUAAUUUUGAUUUUGAUUAAAAAUUUAGUGAGAUCUAUGAGGAAGUACUACUGUAAAUCAACUUUUAUUCGCGGCGACUUUAUUUCGCGAUUUCCUGGAGAUAAACUGGUUUGCGACGACUAAUUUUCGCGAAUAACCUUAUCCAGACCCAUGUUGUGAUAAGAAUCAAACGACAAGGGCUGGUUCGCGGCAAGAAAUAUUCGCGACAACAAGGCUCUCGCGGACCUCGCGAGAAGUUGAUUUACAGUAUGCAAACAAGUAUGAAAUUCAUGUAUUUGUUGUUGAUAUUACUAAAUGAAACUACGGUAUGUCAAGACAAAAUGCAUUACUUAUAUAGAUACUAAUCUAUCAAACUAAACUAAACAAAUUCAUUUGCUUGAACCUUUUUAUUUCACGAUUUGCAAUAACGUUCAUUUUCUGUC